CUCAGAUGGAGAGUCAUAUUAUAUGUCUGUGGAUGAGGAGCACCAACCCUCCGUCAUAGAGGAACUGACUGACGUACACUUCAAGUUUGAAGUCAAAGCGGUGCUGUUGGAGUUGACGCGUCAGGCUGACCAGGAGAACACGCUGUUAGCCCUCAGUGUGUCUCAGCUGGGAGCAGAGGGCAAGAUGAGAACCUAUGACCUCACCAUCACCUCCUACCUCCGUAAAGUAGGCCUGGACUACUGUGAGAUACGAGACUCCAACAACCAGCCUCUGCACCUGAUCAGCUCCUCAGACAAACACGGCUCAGACCUGCUCAAAGUGGAGUACACCAAAGCUGAUAUCAACGGGCCUAAUUUCCAGACAACGUUUGACAACACUGAGCAAAACCUGAAGGUAUGUGAUAUGAAUUGGUAG